GAGGAGGAGGCGAGAGAGACGACGACCGGAGGGAGCUCUCUGCAGCGACAUGCGGGUGCAAUAAAAAGAGCAAGUGAAGCGCAGCAUCGGUGUCCGAUCAGCGGUGAAAGUAGAGGAGAAGAGCAGAAGAAAGACGGAGCGCCUGGUCGUCCCCACGCCUCAGCACCGCAGGGAGGAGACACGCAGAGGAGGAAAGAUUCCCCUAAACGCAGUGAGAGCGUCGGAUGAGGAGAAGAGGAGAGCGGAGGGCAUCGGAUAGGCAACAACAAGGAUGGCAGCUCCAGACUUAUUGGACCCUAAAUCCGCCACUCACAACACCAAGCCCCGCCUCUCCUUCUCCACAAAGCCAAUCACACUGACUCCCCGGGAGGAGAGUGAGGUGGUUGCCACAGUGAUGAAAUGGAAGACAGUGACAGCCAUCUUUCUUUUGGUGGUUCUGUACCUGGUGAUGGGGGCAGCAGUCUUCAGAUCCCUGGAGCAGCCUCAUGAGAGCGCCCAGCGUUUGGCCAUCCUGUCCCAGAAGCUGGAGUUCCUGUCCAGACACUCCUGUGUCAACCAGAGCCAGCUAGAGGAGCUGGUUAAGCAAGUUGUGUCUGCGAUUCGUUCAGGAGUAAACCCUGCAGGGACACUGACCAACCACAGCAGCCUGUGGGACCUGAGCUCCGCCUUCUUCUUUGCUGGGACUGUCAUCACAACCAUCGGUUUUGGGAACAUCUCUCCCCACACGGAGGGUGGAAGGAUCUUCUGUAUCGUCUAUGCUUUGCUGGGGAUACCUCUGUUCGGCUUCCUUUUGGCUGGUGUAGGAGAUCAGCUUGGCACCAUAUUUGGCAAGGGCAUUGCCAGAGUGGAGAAAAUGUUUGUGCACUGGGACAUCAGUCAGACAAAGAUCCGUGUCAUCUCCACCCUGCUGUUUGUGCUGUUUGGCUGCCUGCUGUUUGUGGCACUUCCAGCAGCCAUCUUUAAACACAUCGAGGGCUGGUCUGCGCUGGAGUCCCUUUACUUUGUUGUCAUCACCCUGACCACCAUAGGAUUUGGAGACUUUGUGGCAGGUGGUUCUGAAAUAGAGUACUUAGAUUACUAUAAACCAGUUGUAUGGUUCUGGAUUCUGGUGGGACUAGCCUACUUUGCUGCGAUCCUCAGCAUGAUAGGAGACUGGCUCAGAGUCAUCUCCAAGAGGACGAAAGAAGAGGUGGGAGAAAUCAGAGCUCAUGCUGCAGAGUGGACAGCUAACGUCUCAGCAGAGUUCAAGGAAACUCGGAGGCGUGUGAGCGUUGAGAUCUACGAUAAGUUCCAGCGUGCUGCCUCGAUCAAACGCAAACUGUCCUCGGACCUGGGAUUUAGCCCUGCCCCUGAGCUCACGCUGCCCAAGAGGACGGUGUCGGUCAACUUCAACGACGAACGGGACAGGGGCGAGAGGGAGGCCGGGCUGCAGGGCCUGACGGCACCGCUGGCUCGAAACGGUGGCUUGUUCAUGAACGGUUUGGACCCAGAGAGAGGAGAUAUCUCUGUCAUCGAACACCUCAAGUAGACAGAGGAUCAAGAUUCAAGAUCUUUCCAAGGUCUUCCCAGUUGUCGUAAUUGGUGGCCCCAGUGCUGAGAGCAGACACAGAUCAAGUAAUAAUGAGAAUGUGGUUCUUUGUGACCCCAGCAGGGACAUCUUUACCCCUCUACAGAGAGCUGUGCUCAAGAACACUUCAGUGGAUUUUUCACAAUGGGACACUUUCCCUCACUUCACCACCCACAUCCCAUCCUGCCAGGGAAACAGAGAGCAAGAAGAACAACAUGCAGAACAAUGCUGGGUGUCUCUCAUGUAAAUUUCAGAUCUUGGAAUAAGGCAAAGUUGGCCAUUGAUGACAGUUUGGGCUGAACAAGUUAAAGGACAAAAGAAACCGUAUCCAUAAGACUACUGGAUUUGGUGCCCUAAUAUCUAAAAGUCAGAAGAAUGUCCAUGAUGCCUGUCUGUGCACGCCAAUAUUUUAUAUUUUAACAAUUUACAUUUUAAUAAGCAGCUUUACAACUUAUGAACAAUUUCAUUUUUUGGCUUUUUAGACAGUUGACAGUUUAGAGGCAAACGGGAAACAUGGAGAGAGAGAGAGAGAUCUAACUGUGGGCGGUGUUUCUGUUUUUAAGAGGGACGUUUGCUACCUGAUUGUAGAAUGACACUGACAAUCACAGCAGACUGUUAAUAAAUGGAGAUGUUACGUAUAUAGUGGGAUGUGAUGAUAUCAGAAUUGGUACAGAAGACGAUGUCUACAAAGAUGGCGGAUUCUAAUGAGGAGAGGCAGAUUUUGAGCUAGAUGACUGCAGAAUGUAGAGGUGUUGAGAUUGUGGGAAGGUGGUAUGUGAAGUUGUUUUAACUACAGAGGAGAUGGAGCAGCGUGCUAUAUUGAACUACAAAAAUGGAGGACUUUGAUGUUGAUCAAGCUAUAAACUCUGACCACAGAGAAUCUCUAGACUGAGCUCAUAUUAGAGCUCGUAUUCAUCUGAUUUCCUAAUUGGGAAAAGUUGAAACGAUGAACAUGUAUUGUUGCCUUUAAACUGAGGGGUGUGUAGCUGCUGAUCAGAGCUGAUAAUUAAGAGUUUGACUGCUGUGGUUUCCAGUGGCAGCCAUGUUAGUCCUACAGUCCUUCACUCUUACUUUAGGUGUUUUUAUACUGUUAUCAUGUCCACAUCAUUGGAUGGCAUUUGCCGCCAGCUCUUCUUCGUUUUAGAGAGGAGGUAGAAGGUGGAUGCAGUUCAAAGUGUGUUGCUCUGGAUGUAGUUUUCAAAGAAAUUAUGAGGAGAUUUGUUAAACCAUUGCUGUGCCUUAAACUUGCUACUUUGCCAAACCAAGGCCAAGCACAGCACACUGUGUGGAGAACAACUGAUUGGACAAUGAAGUUAUUCAUAUUCAUGCACAUCAGCAACAACUUUCUUUAUUACAACAGAGGAAAAUGAGGUUUUUCCAGCCCAGCAAAGGCAAAUCAAUUGUUCACACUCAUGAUGUUCUGCUGGUUCCUGGAUCCCCAUGUUGCCAUGUUGCGUUUCCUGUAAAAAUAUAAUUGAUAUGGCUCAGUGGAUUAGGUAAUCAGCCCAUUGCAGGUUUGACGAUUUGAGCCCUUUUAGCCACUGGAGCCAAAAAAUGUUCUGUAGCAGUCACAUAUGAAUGAUGCAGUGUCCAUUUGAGCCAGUGAAAGGUUCAUUUAUGUGAACAUUUUAAUCAUGAAUGAGCAUCCUAUAGGCCUGUGAUUCAUUUUGCUACUGCCAUUGCAGUAAUGUUUAGUUUGCUCUGUGCUGACCGACCCAAAGCUGCUAUAAUUCACCAUGAAUUGCAUCUGAGUGGUGCUACCUUAGUGUCAAAGAAACACUUCUUUAAACACAGAGGAAGUGUGUCUGAUCUCUGUCUGUCAGUGUCAGCGGUCAGACCUCUGAUGUUGAGGAGAACAACGUAUUUUUGGUUUAAUCAAUGUAUGAGCUGAAGGAUCCGAGUGAGAGAAAACUUGUUUACAUUGUUGAGAUAUGAUGGUUUGACGGAAGGAUUCACAGAUUUUUCAGCGUGACAGUACAACAAUAAAUUCAGUUUGAAUGCCCAGCGUUCACACACACACGCACGCACGCACACACACACACACACACACACACACACAAUGAGGGUUUUCUUCCACGUGUGUACGCCUGCCAUUGAUAAUGCACUUUGAUUUAGCAGCCUUUGACCGGAACAACAUGCUGUAGCUUCUGCAGCUCACCAGUCCAUCCAACCAAAAGGCUUUGAUUUUGUUGUCAUGUGGCAUUAACGACAACUAUGCGGUUUAACACAGAAAAUUAUUCUCUCUGGCGAUCCACCCUUAGAUUAUUACCCAAAUAAACGAGCAGUGUGAAACCGAAUUAUAUCUGACGGCUAGUUUAGGUUGACAACAAUCUAAUGAAUGAUGACAAAGAAAGGUAGAAAUACGUCUGUGGUGCAGCUUCUAGUUUUGUACCAAUGAUAAACUGAGAGCAGCUGGUAAAAAUCCUCAUGAGAAUCAGAAAAGUCAUAAUCAGAAUCCAGGACAGUUCUAAUUACUUGAUCUUUUUUCAGUCUUAAUUGACUUGUAUCUGUGAGAAAUUAUUCUUUUAAUUCUAUUAGACGUCCUAACGAGUCUUUAAGAAGCCCACUGGACAUCCUAAUUGAACUAUUAGAGAGUUGGGAUAUAGAUGUUUUGACUUUUACUCUAGCGGCCUGUAUGGUUCAGUACUAACACUGACUGGAAGCAGUAGUGGCAGCACACUGUGUCGUGGCUGGUUGGUCUGUUUUUGCCUUUGCUAUUCAGUUUCUUAGCAAACAUGUGGCGUUGUUACACAAUCAUCUGAUUUAGCUGUGCUGAAAUGAAACUAACUCAAUGUCUUUUUCACUUUCUGCUAAUGCGAUAGAUCUGUUCGUGCUUUUUAUGACGAUGAUGAUGUAUUUUUCUAAACUGUAUGUUUGUAGAGUGUUUCUACACUAAUGUGAGUCUGGGAGAACACAAUGUAAUAAUAAUGUCUGUAGAGCUUAUCUAAACACGAUGUAACAAAGAUUUUUGUAUAAUAUAUGACAUAAAAAUAUACCAGAUUUCAAUUAUUUCUCUGUUUGCUGUGUUAUUCAA